AUGAGCUCCCACGGCAUCGUGCCCGAAGGGGAAGGGCAGCCCCGAAGAACCAUCCUGAAGGGAAUCGUCACGAAGAUCAUCGACAAUGCGCAUAAGCUUGCAACCGCAAAUCGCCAUGGGGGCAUCAUUGGGCUUUUUGCCAGGUGGAAGGGGAGCAUCUACAAGCUGAUGGGCGUGGACGUUGUCGUCUGGCUCCUCAUCUUUUAUACCCUUAAUUGUAUUCAAGGAUUCGUACUGAAUCCCAGCCAGAAGAUCCUGUUCGCGAAGGUGGUGCUCUAUUGCCGUGACUUCACGAACAACAUCCCGCUGACGUUCGUCCUUGGCUUCUACGUUACCACGGUCCUUAAUCGAUGGUGGAGUCUGUGGAACACCCUGCCGUGGCCGGACGAUGUCAUCCUUUACCUCGACACUUACCUCAAUGGACAGGUGGAGAGGGAAAGUGGAAAGGGAGAAAGGGGAAGUGGGGAGGAAGGAGGAGAGAGGGAAGAAGGAGGAGAGAGGGAAGAAGGAGGAGAGAGGGAGGAAAGGAGGAGAGAGGGAAGAAAGGAGAGUGGAGAGGCGAAAAAGGAAGAAGCUCACUCGUGA